AUGCAGACCACGGGAAGAGGACGAAGAAAUUGCGAAGAUCGGAAACGCGCGAUGAAAGAAGGAAAGUUGAGUGAGAGGAGACGAGCAUCGUUAAACGCUCUCUUAAUAUCCUUCGUGAUUGGCUCUUUAUCGUUACUCCUUUUCUUCAGUUAUUCUUCCUCUCCGUUUGUUUUCGCGGACGAACUGUUAGCGCAAGAAGCCGAGAUGGAAAAACGAGUCACGUGCGGAUCCGCCAUCAAAUUGACCCACACCGCGACGAAGGCGAAGUUACACUCGCACGGCAUCGGGUACGGGUCAGGGUCCGGUCAACAAUCCGUGACUGGUUUUCCGGAGUCGAACGACCCCGGGGGGUAUUGGCAAGUGUUUGGAACGCGAGAGGAGCCGUGCGAACGAGGAGAGGACAUCGCUGACGGUCGCGUGAUUCGGUUGCUGCACGUGCAGACGAGGAAGUGGUUACACUCGCACGCGGCGCAUAGGAGUCCGUUGACGAAUAAUCAAGAAGUGAGCGCGCACGGGGACGACGAGAAUUCAGAUGCCGGAGACGAGUGGAAGUUUGAAGUCGCGGAUGGGAAUAAAGGCGAUAAGGCUGGGCCAGUUUGGAAGAAGGAUCAGAAGGUGAGAUUGCAACAUCGACAGACGAAAGCGUUUUUGAGUUGCUCGAAUACAAAAUUUCAAAGGCCGAUUAGCGGGCAAAACGAAGUGUGCGGGACGAGCAGGUCGGAUGCGAAUAGCGUGUGGAAAGCCGAUCAAGGCGUGUAUUUCCCGAAAGUAGAGUUGUAA